AUGCCAUCAUGUCCUAUGCCAUCAUGUGAUAUGCCAUCAUGUGCUAUGCCAUCACGUGCUAUGCCAUCAUGUGCUAUGCCAUCAUGUGCUAUGCCAUCAUGUGCUAUGCCAUCAUGUGAUAUGCCUCAUGUGCUAUGCCAUCAUGUGAUAUCCGGGCAUGUGCUAUGCCAUCCUAUGCCAUCAUGUGCUACGCCAUCCUGUGCUAUGCCAACCCGUGCUAUGCCAUCAUGUGCUAUUCCAUCAUUUGCUAUGCCAUCAUGUCCUAUGCCAUCAUGUGCUAUUCCUUCAUUUGCUAUGCCAUCAUGUCCUAUGCCAUCAUGUGAUAUGCCAUCAUGUGCUAUUCCAUCAUUUGCUAUGCCAUCAUGUCCUAUGCCAUCAUGUGCUAUUCCUUCAUUUGCUAUGCCAUCAUGUCAUAUGCCAUCAUGUGAUAUGCCAUCAUGUGCUAUGCCAACACCUAUGCCAUCAUGUGCUACGCCAUCCUGUGCUAUGCCAACCCGUGCUAUGCCAUCAUGUGCUAUUCCAUCAUUUGCUAUGCCAUCAUGUCCUAUGCCAUCAUGUGCUAUUCCUUCAUUUGCUAUGCCAUCAUGUCCUAUGCCAUCAUGUGAUAUGCCAUCAUGUGCUAUUCCAUCAUUUGCUAUGCCAUCAUGUCAUAUGCCAUCAUGUGCUAUUCCUUCAUUUGCUAUGCCAUCAUGUCAUAUGCCAUCAUGUGAUAUGCCAUCAUGUGCUAUGCCAACACCUAUGCCAUCAUGUGCUACGCCAUCUUGUGCUAUGCCAACCCGUGCUAUGCCAUCAUAUGCUAUUCCAUCAUUUGCUAUGCCAUCAUGUCCUAUGCCAUCAUGUGCUAUUCCUUCAUUUGAUAUGCCAUCAUGUCCUAUGCCAUCAUGUGAUAUGCCAUCAUGUGCUAUGCCAUCACGUGCUAUGCCAUCAUGUGCUAUGCCAUCAUGUGCUAUGCCAUCAUGUGCUAUACCAUCGUGUGAUAUGCCCUCAUGUGCUGUGCCAUCAUGUGAUAUGCGGGCAUGUGCUAUGCCAUCCCCCCGCAAAUUCUUGCCUUCCAUUUCGAAUGCCCUCACAUUCUAUGCCAUCCCCUGGUCCGCCCCCUCCUGCUCGACCCUCCCAUGUUAUGCCCUCUUCUGCUCUAACCUCCCAUGCCCUCUCAUGCGCUUCCCUCCUGCACCGUUCUUCCCUGCUAUGCCCUGCCGUGGUCUGCCCUCUCGUGCUAACCCUUUUACGCACUGUGUGAAGAACCCCUGA